UUCGUGUUUGUUUCAUUUCACCCCCACUAGUUUUCUCUCUCUUCACCGUCACCCUCACCAUUUCCGACUCUACAACAAAACCAGUAAACCAUAGUCUUUUUCAGUCCAAAACUCUGCAAAUCAGUCAAAUCUCCAUUGAUGCUCUAGUUAAACUUCACUUCACAGCCCCUCAUGCUUUAAUGGCGGGGCUGUAGUUCACUUCACGAAGAUUCUAGAAAAAGAAGUAAUUAAUAGUGUUAUUAAAACCCUAGGCAUCAUCGAAGAUGGUAUUCAAAGGUAGAUUUUUCUCAUCGAAGAAAUCCGACCCGUUAAGUCCUGAUGGAUCCUCCGGGUCAAAUUCCAAUUCCCCGAUCCGAUCCGAUAAGAAGAAAGCAAAGUCUGCUUCUCCGAUCACUCCGAAAAAAGAUGCUAAAGGUAAAGGAAGCCCGAACCCGAACCCGGACCCGACUCCGAGCCCGAAUCAGGCGAGAACGGAAGUGAGGCCGACGUCGGUAUCGGUGUCGCCGAUAGUGGCAUCGUCAUUGGGGUUAAAUAAGAUAAAGACUCGAUCUGGGCCGUUGCCACAAGAGAGUUUUUUCGGGUAUGCUAGUAGAGAUAAGGGGAAUUCUCUAGGUGUUAGUAAUUUAUCGAAGAAUGUAGCGGGGGGACGGGGUGGUGGUGGUGAUGGGCCAUCGAAUUCUGCUUUGAGGAAGAAGGGUUUAGUGGAAAAUGUAGAUAAUGGGAGCAAUUCAGGUAGCAUGUCAUCCGAGAGUGGUCGUUUGAGGGAUCAAAGUCUUCAUGUACCUGGUCCAUCAAGGCUGCAGAAUGCUGAAUCGUCUUCUGAAGCAGCUGGAAACCUCGAGGUUUAAAUAAUUUGGAGGAGGUUUUAACGAUGAUUAGAGCGAAGUUUGACAAAGCAAAGGAGGAAGUGGAUAAUGAUUUGCGUGUUUUCGCAGCAGAUCUGGUUGGAGUUCUAGAAAAAAAUGCAGAAACUCAUCCAGAUUGGCAGGAAACUAUUGAGGAUUUGCUGGUUUUGGCUCGGAGGUGUGCAAUGACAUCUCCUGGGGAAUUUUGGCUUCAGUGUGAGGGCAUUGUUCAGGAACUGGAUGAUAGACGCCAAGAACUCCCGAUGGGUACACUAAAGCAGCUGCACACUAGAAUGCUUUUUAUACUUACAAGGUGUACACGAUUGCUUCAGUUUCACAAAGAAAGUGGAUUUGCGGAGGAUGAACCUUUGUUUCAGCUUCGUCAGUCAUUGCAGUCCGUUGAGAAACGAAGAGACGGAAAGAUGUCUGGUCCUCUGAAGUUCCCAAAGUUGCCUCCUACAAAAAAAUCUCACAGUCAGGAACAAUAUGGUUCUGAAUGGAAGAGAGAUCAAGCUGCACAGUCAGGUGCCCUUCAGACUCCGGAAGCUGAAACUGCAAAAAAAUUGGAUUCUCCCGGCAGUAGGAAUCGGAUGGCAUCUUGGAAGAAAUUUCCAACUCCAGCUUCAAAAAGUCCCAAAGAAGCUCCUCCAAUCAAAGAGGAGAACAUUGCUAGAAGCAUUGAAGCUUCAAAAAUAUUAAAUGAUGAAAGAGUACUGUCUGAUUUGGAUCUAGCUACUGUCAAGCAUCCUGACCCUUCUUCUGCUCGGGAUUCGCAUGCACACUCUUCAGUUCCUUCCAAACACCACCGUAAAGUUUCCUGGGGUUACUGGGGUGAUCAACCAAGUGUUUCUGAUGAGAGUUCAAUUAUAUGUCGCAUUUGUGAGGAGGAGGUCCCGACAUUUCACGUAGAAGACCACUCCAGAAUUUGUGCAAUUGCUGAUCGUUGUGAUCAAAAGGGUCUAAGCGUUAAUGAACGCUUGAUAAGGGUUGCAGAUGCUCUUGAGAAGCUCAUGGAGUCAUUUGCACAUAAGGACAUCCCACAUGCUGUUGGAAGUCCAGAUGGUGCAAAAGUAUCAAACUGUAGUGCAACUGAGGAAUCUGAACUCUCUCCAAAAUUUAGUGACGGGUCUUGCAGAGGUUCAGUGGAUAUGCUUGACUGUCUUCCUGAAGUGGACAACUCUGUUUUCAUGGAUGAACUCAAAGGUUUACCUUCUAUGUCAUGUAAAACCCGGUUUGGUCCUAAGUCCGAUCAAGGUAUGACAACAUCAUCUGCUGGCAGCAUGACACCAAGGUCCCCAUUGCUGACCCCAAAGAUCAGCCCAAUCGACAUGCUAUUGGCUGGAAAAGGUUGUCUCUCUGAGCAUGAUGAUCUCCCUCAGAUGAAUGAACUUGCUGAUAUUGCUCGAUGUGUGGCGAAUACUCCUAUAGAUGAUGAUCGCUCUUUGUCUUAUUUGCUCUCUUGCCUUGAAGAUUUAAAAGUUGUGACUGAACACAGAAAGUUAGAUGCACUUACCGUGGAAACAUUUGGAACUCGCAUUGAAAAGCUGAUUCGGGAACAGUAUUUGCAUCUGUAUUCGCUAGUCGAUGAUGACAAAGUUGAUCUAACGAGCACUGUCAUUGAUGAAGAUGCUCCCUUGGAAGAUGAUGUUGUACGAAGCUUGAGAACCAGCCCAGUUCAUUCCAAAGAUCGUACAUCUAUAGAUGACUUUGAGAUUAUCAAACCAAUUAGUCGUGGGGCAUUUGGUCGGGUUUUCUUGGCAAAAAAGAGAACAACUGGAGAUCUAUUUGCAAUUAAGGUCCUGAAGAAGGCAGAUAUGAUACGCAAGAAUGCUGUAGAGAGUAUUUUGGCAGAACGUGAUAUCUUAAUAUCAGUUCGCAAUCCUUUUGUGGUUCGCUUCUUCUAUUCAUUUACUUGCCGUGAAAACUUGUACCUUGUGAUGGAAUACUUGAAUGGCGGAGACCUAUAUUCAUUGUUGAGAAAUCUAGGCUGCUUAGAUGAAGAGGUCGUUCGUGUUUAUAUAGCUGAAGUUGUGCUUGCCCUGGAGUACUUGCACUCUCUGCAUGUGGUUCAUCGAGAUCUGAAGCCUGACAAUUUGUUGAUUGCCCAUGAUGGUCAUAUCAAGUUGACAGACUUUGGGCUUUCGAAAGUUGGUCUUAUCAAUAGCACAGAUGACUUAUCCGGUCCAGCUGUCAGUGGAACAUCCAUGAUGGAAGAUGAUGAAUCUCAGCUAUCUGCAUCUGAGCAUCAGCAAGAAAGGCGUAAGAAACGUUCCGCAGUAGGUACACCGGACUAUUUGGCGCCGGAGAUCCUUCUAGGAACAGGGCAUGGUUUCACGGCUGAUUGGUGGUCCGUGGGCAUUAUUCUCUUCGAGUUGAUUGUCGGGGUUCCUCCUUUUAAUGCAGAGCAUCCUCAGAAAAUAUUCGAUAAUAUUCUCAAUCGUAAGAUACCUUGGCCAGUGGUUCCUGAGGAAAUGAGCGCUGAAGCACAAGAUCUGAUUGACGGAUUACUAACAGAAGAUCCUAAUAUGAGACUUGGAGCUGGAGGAGCAUCAGAGGUGAAGCAGCAUCCGUUUUUUAGAGAUAUUAACUGGGACACACUUGCUAGACAGAAGGCUGCAUUCGUGCCUGCAUCAGAAGGUGCACUGGAUACUAGUUACUUCACAAGCCGCUUCUCUUGGAAUCCUUCAGAUGAACACGUAUAUGCAGCCAGUGAAUAUGAGGAUUCUAGCGAUAAUGGUAGUGUUAGUGGUAGUAGCAGCUGUCUAGAUAAUCGCCAGGAUGAAAUGGGUGAUGAGUGUGCUGGUAUUGCAGAAUUUGAGUCUGGCUCUUCUGUUAACUAUCCUUUCAAUAACUUCUCUUUUAAGAAUCUCUCCCAGCUUGCAUCAAUUAAUUAUGAUUUGCUUACGAAAGGUUGGAAAGAUGAUCAGCCGUCAAAUCCUAAUGUACAGCACCAGUGAACCGUGCCUGUGAGAGUAUCCAAACUUUUGUUUCUUGGCUGGUAGAAUCAAACGGCCGCCAAUCAUCUCCGUCUUUAUACCUUGUAAAUAUAUAGAAGCAGCUUAAAGAUCAUGAUCGCGACCACGGGGAUGUGAAGUGUUUUCGUGAUACAACCAAAUCUCAUGCUGUGAAGUUGUGCUUUGAAUCGUGGUUUUAUUUAGUGUGACAACCUUGUAUCUUAUUUCCGUUCUCAUGUAUGGCCAUGAGAUGCCUUGUGGGUUUGACUUCAGGCUUUUGAUUUGCUUUGUAAUUGUCCCUCCACAGCAAUGAGAACACAUCUCCUGUUUUGAAAGGGAUUGGACUUGUUGCCUCGAA